AUGGGAGCCCAGCUGCUCCACAGCCCCCGGGGGCCGGCGGGACCCGCAGAGGCGGGAGCCUACCCGCACCCCGGUCCUCGGCGGCGUCCCUCCCGCCUAGAGCCAGCUUCACUCGAGCGCCCUAAGAGGUCUGGGGGGGCCCCCUCCUGCUCGCACUCAGACCGAAAGCCUCCGAGUUGCUGGCUCAGCACUUGCGCCGGCCUCACGCUGCUGUCUGUGCGUGCCGCCCCGGGGAGGGACGUCCGACACCCAUUUUUUCCUGGUGUCCCAGUCACCCAGGUGCGGAGACGGUCGCAGGAGACGGCGGAAGGAGUUUCCCGGGGCCGCGCUGUCGCUCACCGGCCUGCACCAAUCAACACGCGGCGUGCUGCCGGGCCCGCCUCUUGGGGGAGGCGUGUCCCCCACUUCCUUUUACUCCUUCCUUUUGCACUCUUGCCGCCUCCUCCCGGGGAGAACCCGAGGCCCCGGCGGCCGCGGGACAGAGCCAGGCCGGGCUACCGAGGCCGUGCGAAGCAAAGUUUCUUUCUGGAAGCGCAGCCUAGGGCCGGCUUGGGGUACGGCUCGGAGCAAUGGAGUCCCCCAGUGCCCCCGGGGGGCCACCCGAGGUGUGUUUCGCUUGCGCGCACACAAGCCAACGAAGCAGAACAAACAGACAAGAACCACUAUCACCCCCCUCCAAACUCUCCCUCGCCCACCGGACCACCGCGCGGGUCUCCGGGCCGGGCGCCGGGAGAGGAGGACGGAGAGCGGCCGCGGGCUCUUUGGUGCGGAGCCGGCCAGUCCGAGCGCGUUCGGGCGUCCAGGCCUCUCGCUCGCCGCCGGCGGCCCCCGAGACUUCUCGGGGGCUCGGAACAGCCUGGAGUGCGUCUCGCCUCUCGGCUGGUCCGCGGCGGCUGCCCUCGCAUCAGGAAGCAGGGAUGUGGGGAGGGGGUCCGCCUGGACCCGGGGGUCGUCCGGGACUGUGCGGGCCGUGUUUGUAGGGGGCAGUGGCGUCCGGUUCUGCUGCGCUCAGCCCCGGGCCCACGUCUUGGGGGGAGGUGCACGUGUGGGCCGGCCACCCCGCGCCCUCGCCGUGCACCGGGGGAGCGAGCGGGCACGGGCGGCCUGUCCCAAGCGGCGGGUGCGCGUCCCCGCGCGCUGUGUGUUCGUUUCGCAGAGCCAGCCUUCGGGGAGGUGAACCAACUGGGAGGAGUGUUCGUGAACGGGAGACCGCUGCCCAACGCCAUUCGGCUUCGCAUCGUGGAACUGGCCCAGCUGGGCAUCCGACCCUGUGACAUCAGCCGCCAGCUGCGGGUCUCUCAUGGUUGCGUCAGCAAGAUCCUGGCGCGCUACAACGAGACCGGCUCGAUCUUGCCAGGAGCCAUCGGGGGCAGCAAGCCCCGGGUCACGACCCCCACGGUGGUGAAGCACAUCCGGACCUACAAGCAGAGGGACCCCGGCAUCUUCGCCUGGGAGAUCCGUGACCGCCUGCUGGCGGACGGCGUGUGCGACAAGUACAACGUGCCCUCGGUCAGCUCCAUCAGCCGCAUCCUGCGCAACAAGAUCGGCAACCUGGCCCAGCAGGGCCAUUACGACUCCUACAAGCAGCACCAGCCCGCGCCGCAGCCCGCGCUGCCCUACAACCACAUCUACUCGUACCCCAGCCCCAUCACGGCCGCGGCCGCCAAGGUGCCCACGCCACCCGGGGUGCCCGCUCUCCCAGCUUCGGUGGCCAUGCCUCGCACCUGGCCCUCCUCGCACUCCGUCACCGAUAUCCUGGGCAUCCGUUCCAUCACCGACCAAGGAGUGAGCGACAGCUCCCCCUACCACAGCCCCAAGGUGGAGGAGUGGAGCAGCCUGGCCCGCAACAACUUCCCUGCGGCUGCUCCGCACGCGGUGAACGGACUGGACAAGGGCGCCUUGGAACAGGAGGCCAAGUACGGGCAGGCACCAAAUGGUCUCCCAGCUGUGAGCAGUUUUGUGUCAGCGUCCAGCAUGGCUCCUUACCCUACCCCGGCCCAAGUGUCACCUUACAUGACCUACAGCGCUGCUCCUUCCGGUUAUGUUGCUGGACAUGGAUGGCAACAUGCCGGCGGCACCCCACUGUCCCCCCACAACUGUGAUAUUCCCGCGUCCCUGGCGUUCAAGGGAAUGCAGGCGGCCAGAGAAGGGAGUCAUUCAGUCACCGCCUCGGCACUCUGAUGGGCGCUUCGGGCUCCAGCAGCUUCACCGGUUCCGGGUUCCCCCUCCGAGCACGCCUCCAACCUCCCCCCUUCCCAGGUGUCGCAGGCGGCCUCUCCCGCCCUCCACCUCGCCUGCCCCCGCCGGGAGAGCUGGCUCUGUGGAAUGACAUCCUUUGUGCUGAUGACACUUAAGUAUUUCUUGCCAUAACUUCUCUCUUGCAGAAAACCUGACAUGACUUUAGGAUUUAAAAACAAAAGCAACGUUAAGGAUUCAAGGAGACAUUUGUGUUGCCCACACACUGUUUUAAUGUAGUGGAGAAACCUACACCCCUCAAAGGGCUUAAGGAACUUUCUAAACUAGUCUUUGGUAAAACCACACAUGUAUAUUUAUUCUAAAUCAAUCUGAACUUUUGAAACGUGCAAUUGUUGAGAUUUUGCAAAAUCAAUAAAGGAAAACACAUAUAGAAAAAAAAAAUAAGCUAUGCUAUAUCCUCUAAUCAAAUAAGGUGUCCAAGUAAGCCUUAAUGCCUCAUUAGGAAACCAUGCAAUGAUUGACGUGUUUGAGUGAUCCUUUGCGUAUUGUUGAAAGAUGACCUGUUGUAUUGAAAAGUAUGUGUAGAAUUCAAGCAGUACCGAAUUUAGCUCCUCUUGGUGUUUUAUUGCAGUUCCAAAUACAAUAAUGUUUAUAUUGUUUCCUAUUAGAUUGUAAAUAUGGACUCUGGAUGGUGCAUUUGUGUCUUCAUUCCAUAGGAUAAUCCCCCUCACCAAGCCUCAUCCCCGUGUCUAUUUUUUCUUUUUUUGUUCAGUUGACUUUCCUUGCAACGUCUCUGUCUCUGAGUGGUGGUGGGCUGCUUGGGCUCCUGCACCUGGACUUGCCCCUGUAUGUUGUGUGUACAGUGAAGGCUUCAACAUUUCAUGAAGGACACUUUCUACAGCAGAGGACUCAAAAACAAACACCUACAUAUAACAAGCCAGUCUCUCACUUUACAUCCUAAUCAAACAACACACAUGCCAAGCAUAUAAAGGCAAGAGGGUAGAAAAUAUCUGAGAAAGAAGGCUCUAAAGGAAGUUACUUAGAAACUUAGGUUUAAUGUGAAAUCCUUUGCAAAGACACUUAAAAUGAACUUUUUGUUAAGAAAACCACUGUGAAACUAAAUUGUACUGUUGUUGGCUUACCUGUGUGCUCAACGAUCUCAGCCCCACAUGGUGUUAUAAUGUAAAGAAAAUGGAAAUUUUUGCUCCAGUGAAUGUAAUGACGGCUUGCUGUGAAGUUUACAUUAUUGUACAGAAGCAUAUUUCACAUGUAGGCAAACUGGUGAUGGUAAUGGAAAUACACUUGCUAUUUAAUUUUAACAAAUUCCCUUUAUUCAUUUCUGGACUUAACAGAACACACUUUAACU